CUUCACAUGAAGGAAGUGAUCAAAAUGGAGGGAAAGGACGAAGCAACGGGCCACGGCUAUACGAUCAAUGGGAUCAAAAUCAAGUUUCCCGUAAAGGCGUAUCCCACUCAAAUCACAAUGAUGCACAAGAUACUAAGAGGUCUUGAUAAGAAUGAGAAUUGUUUGUUAGAAAGUCCUACUGGUAGUGGGAAGACUUUGGCUUUGCUGUGUUCUUGCUUGGCAUGGCAACAGAGAGAAAAAGAGAGAGCUGAAAAGGAGCAUGAAAUACAAAUGAAGUACAUGCUAGCUGAACUUGGAAGAACUGAUGAGUGUGUUGCAGGAAAUGCAAACAAUGAAGGUCUUGAUUUCCCAUUGUCAACAAUUAAAGCAGCACUUAAUGGCAGUGAUACAGAUUCUACAACAGCAAAACUUGAAGCAGCCCAUGCUGAGGAACCUUCUGAAAUAAAAUCAGGUAAAAUCGAAACUGCUGAUAUCGGAGAAGCUGAUUUUAGCCAAGAUAAUGAUUUCCAAACGUCCAAGAAACGCUUUCGGACACCCACAGGGCCUGCUCGGAGUGCAAAAAGAAUGAGACCAGAAACUGACGGGUUAGAUGAUACGGAGACAGAAAUUGCAACACCCAUUGAACGACCAGCCUGGCGAAUCGAAACAGGCAAAAACGAUGCUUCAGAAAUCAAUUCAAAGUCUUGUGCUGAAGGGUUCUGUGAAAAAGAAGGAAAAACAGAAGGGAAGUCGAUUGAAAAUUUAGAUGAUUCAUACCAGAUGCCAAGGACUGAAGUAACAAGAGCUCCCAAAAUAUUCUUUGGCACACGGACACAUAAGCAAAUCAAACAAAUUGUACGAGAAUUGAAAAAGACAUGUUUCAAGUCGAUCAGAAUGACCAUCCUAUCAAGCAGAGAACAUUCCUGCAUUCAUCCUGAUGUCUCUGAGUCAAGGCACAAAGGUGAGGAAUGCCGACGCCAUGUGAAAGGCUUGGAUGGAACGAGUUGCAAUUUCUUUGGCAACGCAUCAUCACUUUGCAGGCCCUCCUCAAUGAAAAAAUAUAACUUGAAUGUAGCUUGGGAUAUUGAAGACCUUGUCACUGUUGGCAAAAAAGCAAAUGCCUGCCCUUAUUAUGCAGCAAGGGAUCUUAUGGAUGAAGCUGAUAUCAUUUUCUGUCCGUACAAUUAUUUGAUUGAUCCACUUAUCCGCUCACAGAUGGGUAUCAACCUUAAGGAUGAAAUCCUGGUCUUAGACGAGGCUCAUAACAUCGAAGAUUCCGCAAGGGAGGCUGCGAGCAUUACUGUGACGUCGAUCCAACUUGAAAACGUCAUGGAAGAACUGGAUAAGCUCAUUGUACUUGAUGUCAUGGCAGUGGAGCACAGGGCCAUGCGUCUUCUUUGUACGAAGUUAUCAGAAUGGCUUGAGAGUAUGUCAGACUGCAUGCAGAAGACUGGCUUUGAGCAGGCGACAAGAAUUUUGCCAUUCAAUGACAUGAUAGCAAGAAUGCAGUUAAUUGACAUCACAACUGAAUCCUUUCAUUAUUAUAGGCAUGCACUUUUAGACAUCAUUGCAAGUGACCAAGAUGCGGAUGGAGUCACCGACAUUGACGCGCCGAAAUUAAGCUCGAAUGGCAUGCUGGUAUUGAAGAGCAUCCACUCUGGUUUGGAGGUUGUCUUUGACACCGAAAAUAAUUUCUGUGAAGAUUACAAAAUUGUGGUAACAAAGAAAGGUGGCAUGGGCAGACGUCAAAAUAGAAAUAUGUCUGGUGGCUGGCGGAUAGCCCAAAGAGAUGAUGAAUCAAGGAUGUGGAUAUUUAGCCUCAAUUUCUGGUGCAUGAAUCCUGCAGUGGUUUUCUCUCCUAUUGGACAAAGUACACGCUGCAUCAUUUUGACAUCUGGCACGCUGUCACCGAUGACUUCAUUUGCAUCUGAACUUGGGGUGAAAUUUCCCAUCCACCUCGAGGCCAAUCAUGUCAUUGAUGAAAGCCAGGUCUGGGUUGGUGCAUUGACAGUUGGUACUGACAACAAGUCUAUUGUUGCGAACUAUCAAACUUCAGAGACAUUUCCUUUCCAAGACGAAGUUGGAAAUGUGCUACUUGAAGUUUGCAAGGUGAUUCCCCGUGGAGUCCUAUGCUUCUUUCCAUCGUACGCCAUGCUGGACAAACUGAAGAGAAGAUGGGAGUCCACGGAUCUUUGGAGAAAAUUGCACGAAGUUAAAAGAGUGUUUUCAGAGCCCAGAGGAUCCGACAGAGGAGAAAUGGAUUUCAUUAUGGACGAUUUCUACUCAUCAGCCAAUGAUCUAACAGCAGAGGACCACACUGGAGGUCUUUUGCUUGCAGUUUGUAGGGGGAAAGUCAGCGAAGGCCUAGAUUUCACUGAUGAUAACGCCCGGGCCGUCCUCACGGUUGGAAUUCCGUUUCCAGAUUUCAGAGAUACGCAAAUUGAUUUGAAGAAGAAGUACAACAACGAGCAUUGCAAAUCCCGUGGGCUUUUGACUGGUUCAGACUGGUACGAAAUACAGGCAUACAGAGCAUUGAACCAGGCUCUUGGAAGAUGCAUUAGACACAGGAAAGAUUGGGGAGCUAUCAUCCUCUUGGAUCAAAGAUUUGGGCGUGGGGACAAGUACAAGAAAGGGCUUUCAAAGUGGGUUCGUGGUAAAUGCAGAAUAUUCACAGAGUUCAACCGAUGCAAGGCGUCAUUGAAGUUUUUCGCAGAGGUAAGACAAGGACACUCUCCGCAACAGCAAUCUCAAGAGAUGCCAAUGAAUGCCUCGUCAGAUAAGUUGUGUGAUGCCGAUGGUAGCACUUGCUGCACUGAUAAUGUUGAUGUGAAUAAAGUCGGUGUGAGGGUCUUGGAUGUUAAGGCUUUAGUUGGAGGGACGACAGAGUCAGGGCUCAAGAAAAAGGUCCCGAGCAGGGAUCGUGGUGCAAGAGCACUUGGCGUCCAAUUUAUAGACCCACCAGCAACUGCCGUUCAACAAAACCCUGCCGAGCCAAAAAGCGUAGGAUUGGGUGAGAAGGAACAACAACGCCAUAAUGGACAAGAGAACAUCCCUCAUUCUGGUAACAAAGUACACCAAAGUGAAGAUGUUAAGGAAGAAUGCCUUCAGAAAGUUACAGAAGAAGCAAUUAUUAAGAAUCCUAUGCCUGCUGCAAUUAUCAAAAAUAAAGGUCAUGAUCAGAAAACCGGAUUUGAAGAUGUAAACAAUGACCUUGCAGCCAGUCAGUCUAGAGCAUUUUUUAGUAGAAGCAGUCCAAUUAUGGUCGAAGGCAUGCCAAAGAUAGCAGAUAGAAGACAUGCGUUUUAUCAAAAUCGUUCUAAACUUUUUAAGAGCUCGGAUAAACAACCCAUUGAUAACACCGCAGGCUCUCGUAAGCGCAGUGAUAAAGAAGAGCGGAAAGUUUCAAAUGAAAUCAUUGUUCUUAUUGAUGAUGAUGAUGACGAUGAAGUUGCUGUUUCUAGUGCAAUGACGUCAAACACGGGGACUGCCUCCACCACUGUAGCUCAGUCCAAGCUGUCUGAUCAUGGUGCGAGCUCCCGAACACCUGAAUUGUUUUCUGAAGAGGCAAACGAGAUCGAUUAUUUGAAAGAUGAUUUUUGGUCGAAUGCUUGUGAUAAGAAGGUAACUAAUGGUAGAAAUGGCAACAAGACACCCGUAACUAAGGCUUCCCAAAACGAAACAUUCAAGAGAAUGUCACCCGAGAAUGAGAACUUAGAAAUCUCCGAAAAGAAGGUCCAUGAUGCAAAAAGUGCCUCGCGUCCGAAACGCGGGAGUGCUGCAGGAGACGCAUCAGCGACAACAUCCUUUGAGGACGACUUUCCCACACCUUGCUCCAGAUCGAAAAGAAGAAAUUCAAAUUUGAGAAUGGCUUCAAAGAUUGAAACAGACGUCUGCAAAUCAGACUACAGUCCACAAAAGACUGCUGCUUGCUCGAAAUGCAAAACUGAGCUCAUUGCAAAUGGCACAAUUUUUCAGAAGAUGAUCCAGUCAGCUUUACUGGCAAGGUUUAUGGGCGUGGUUGUGGUACCUUUCCAAAUUCUAGAAACCUCUUUGUCUUCAUUGAAAAAUUAUAAAAGUUUAGACUGUGUUCAAAAGUGUGACUGCCGCUCGUCUUUGAAGGACCUCCGGCUGAAUUCCAUAUACUCUAAAGAUGAUGGCGCGCUGUACAUUCCUCUCUGUUGCAAAAGCUGUUACAAAAAUCAUCGUCGUAGCGAAGUCAUUGGGUUCCAGAUGCUUCAAGUUUCAAAGCCAACAGAAGAGAAAGUCGAUUCCAACGAAGAAGACCGUGUAUUUUUGUUUCCAAAUGCAGUCUCAAUCAGAUAAAACUAUUUCCUUAGCUACGUGUAGAAAUCAAUUCUAAUAUUUUAGAAGAAUUUAAAACAGGAAUAAAGUAUAUUUUAUAGUAGUACAUUGCAGAAUAUUUAUUUUUGUUUGUAUAAAUGCAUCAGUGAGAUUUUUGGUUAUUGUUCGUAUUAUACAUUCAAUUUACAGCAAUCCAGUAACCCGUUUACCAGAAACAGGAGUAUUUGGUGUUCACGUGUCUAAAGCUCUCGAGGAAGAUCAUUGAAAAUCACGACAAUCGUACCACACUAUUUUUAAUAUUCCGUAAUAAGUGAACUGAACAAUUUACGAGGGAAGGAUAAACAAGCUACUGGAGUUUGUUGGUCACAUAUCGUCAACCACUUUAUGCAAAUUUGUGAUUUGCUUUGUGAAUAAAGUAAAUACCCGCAUAUAAGAAACUGCUUUUUUAAACUGAGGCCUCAGAAAGUUUCUUACUAACAGAAACUUUUCAUAAUCAGGGUUUAAGUGUCUUAUCAAUAAGUGCUGUCAAGUCAAAUCAAGUCAAGCUAUAUGAACGACAGUACCUUUCAUGGACGUGUAUUCAAUAUUACUGGUAAAAAUGUAUAAUACAUAACCUACAGUAUAAUUCUUCAUAUCAAUAGACUACACUCUCUACAACCAUCCU